AUGUCAGACGGGCAAUAUGGACCAAUUUCUGCCGGUAUAAUCCGAUCGAUCACCGAUAAAUCGUACGAGAGAAGAAAAGCAGCGGCGCUCGACGUGGAAAAACUUGUCCGAGACCUCUAUAACAACAACCAACUCUCCCAGCUAGAGCGAUGCCUCGCAGUGCUCGCCGAAUUAAUCAAUUCCGGAAAUUCCAACCAAAGAAAGGGCGGAUUGAUCGGAAUGGCCGCUUCAGCAAUAGCUCUCGGCAACAAAAACGGUCCUCCGUACACUGCGAAACUCGUCGAACCGAUUAUUCCAUGUUUCCUCGACGCUGACCUUCAGAUUCGUUAUUACGCUUGUGAAUCGCUGUAUAAUAUCGCAAAAAUUUGCAAGACUCAAGUUCUGGAUCACUUUGGAGACAUUUUCGAUGUGUUGUGGAGGGUUACUGCCGACGCUGACACUAAUGUGAGGGGCGGAGCCGAGUUGUUGAAUCGAUUAAUUGUGGAGACUGUUUUAUCCAAAGAAGAUUUUGAUAUAGCGAUUCUGAUGGCCCUUAUCCGGGAUAGAAUCUACACUCAGACGUCGUCAAACCGAAGAUUUAUUCUAGAAUGGUUGAAUACCAUCACAACUACACCGUUCUUCUCAGUUUGUAAUUAUAUCUCUGAGAUUUCCGAUGGGUUAUUCAAGAUGUUGGGGGAGCAGGCGCCGGCUGUCAGGGACCUCUGUGAAACGGUUCUAGGGAAUUUUCUAUCUGGAAUCAAGUUGAGACCUGACGCCCUUUCCCAUGAGGAUAAGAUCCAGAUGAUCAAUGUUUUGGUUGUUCAUACCCAUGAGAAUGAGCCGUUUUUAGCCAGAAAGCUGUCGUUGAUUUGGCUGGAAGAGUUUGUGAAACUGUACAAAGAAGAGCUUCUGGUGAUGUUGUCCACGUGUUUGGUGGGAAUUCUGCCGUCGAUUGUGGAGCAUGAAUUGAGGGCGGAUGCGGUGAAUCGGCUGAUGAUGACACUGGUUGGGGAGAAUAAGUUGGAACAGGAUAUACUCGAUAAGACUAUUGAAGUCCUGCUAAAAUACAUAAAAUACGACAUCGUCGAGACACGAGUCACCGUUCUCAACUGGAUCCGUCACCUUCAUAGCUCAAUGCCCGGCCAGCUAUUCGUCCAUAUGCAUCGAAUCUUCCCAGUCCUUCUGAAUACUCUCUCCGACACUUCUGACGAGGUUCUUCUUCUGGAUUUAUUCCUAAUUUCCAAUAUCUGUCAAUCAGAAUCCGCUCCCGAUCAAGUAGACAUUUCAACGUUCGGAUUGGAUGAAGAAGCUCUCAAACAGUUAUCUCAUAUCUCUCCAUUCCUCAUAAAAUUCGCGUUGAGCCUUCUAGAAAUGUUCAGAACUGAGCCAUCUCUUCUCAGAGAACGCGGAGUUUUGAUUAUCCGUCAGUUGUGUCUUCUUCUGGAACCCGCUCAAAUCUACCGUGUCAUUUGUGUCCUUUUGGAGAGAGAAUCGAAACAUUCAUUCGCUCAAGAAAUGGUUUCAACCCUUCACGGAGUUCUUCUCACUGCCACUGAACUCUUCAUUCUCCGUGAUGAGCUCCGUGCUCUCGCCAGUGAAUCCUCUCGAUCUCUGUUCGAAUGUAUCUUCAGAGUAUGGUCGAAUCGGCCGAUUGCUCUUCUCGGAUUGUGUCUCCUGUCACAACACUACCAACAGGCGGCUGAUGUGGCACUCUUGUUGUCACAAGUCGAUAUUACUGUGGAUGUUCUCCUCGAGAUUGAUAAAUUGGUCAACUUGAUUGAGAGCCCCGUUUUGGCCUACGUCCGAAUGGAUCUUCUCUCGUCCGUCCACCGUCCACCCUUGUGUACAGUACUCUCCGCCCUCCUGAUGCUCCUCCCACAAUCCGAAGCAUUCGUCACACUUCACAAACGACUACAAGCAGUGCCCGCGUUGGUUUCUAUUGACAACUCCCAAUACGCGCCGAAAGUGCCCCCGUGUCGUAUCGACUUCCCACCAUUAAUGCAACACUUCAAGACGGCUCUCGCACGUCGUCAAACAGAAGUUCGCUCACGUCAUCGGGAUCUUCUGUCGGGCGUCGUCACCCAGAUGAGAAGUGUGAAGAUGUAA